UGUGAAAUUAAUUUCAAAACUACAGUGCCAAGUGUGGAAAACCGAUUCGUCAAUGACAUGGGGCAAUCGAUUAAAGUGAAAAGUCCGUGAAGUAAAUUGGAUGUUGAAACAGUCCAUUUACGGCCAAUUACAUGUUUGCCGGCUGCAUUGGUGUUCUCAAACGUUCCCUUCAGCGACGUCACAUUACAACGCUGCCACCGCUGAUAGUGGCGCAGCGCCUAACCUCGAAAGUGCGUUCAGCCGUAUCCAAAGCAAUGGUUGAGAGCUUAUGAGUGAAUAUUAAAUUUCUAUAAAAAACAAAGUGAAACAAGGUGCUAUAAUAAGAUGAGUCUAAUUCCAAAAUGGUCGGACAUUCGCGUGCUUCCUUUUCGUAUGUCUACCUCGCAAAAGGUUGUUUUCUUUUCGCUAACCGCUGGUGUUGCUUUGCUCGGUGUGCUCGCACGCUUUCUGCGACGUCGUAAACCACCACGUCCGCAACGACGCACGCGCAAGUAUACAGGUCGCCGUACACGCAACAGCAUGCGCAGCCCCAACGAUAUGAUAUCCAUAGCUGGUUCUAAAGCCUCAGCACGAUCAGGCAGUCCGCCCGGCUCGACGGUUGCCUAUUCGGAUCGUUUGUCGCUCGCAUCAGGAUCGAUUGGUGGCGGUGCAUUAGUAUCUACAUCACAAAGUCAAACUGGCGCAAUAGUUUUACAUUUGACCGCACAACAAUUGGGCGUGAUGGGCAUGGAAGCGUUAGAUACAGUUAUUAAUUACUGGGAAGAUGCUUUGGCUGCACACAAUUCGCCUGGCGGUGUGCCAGCGUUACUCACCACUGCUGAGGAAUCUGAAUUUUGUCGUGAAAUACAAAAUUUACUUGACAUGGCCUACACAUUACAAGAACAAAGUGAAUUACUGUUUCUAGAUCAACGUUCGGUUCUCUUCCGUGACGAACCGUCUAUUGAUGAAUUAGAAGAAGAUGGAGUUGGUCAUGCGUUAGAAGAUGGUACAGAGGAAGAUAGACAAUCACUAAGAUCAAGGCUGAGUCGCACGGGCUCCGAUCCAAAUUUCGAUUCCGCCGAAAGUUUUGCUUCAGCGCUCGAUCAAGUCGCUGAUAUGCGGGAUUUUGAGGAAUUCAUAGAGACAUCCUAUGAACAAUACCCAUUGUAUAGUGCAGCGUUAAAACAUCACGAAGAUACACCCAUCCCAUAUCGUACUAUACGCGCUGACUUAGUGCACUGCUCUAGUGAUACGGAAUAUUUGGUUAAAUUGCACUGUGUGCGAUUAGCUUUUCAAUAUUUAUUCAAGGAUCCAACCAUUGGCCAAUGGGUAUGCGAUACAGGCCGUCAAAUACUUACCGAUCUACUCUGUUUAGGCGACAAGGAUACAAAGGAAUUUCUUGUUGGCUACGAGGAUAUGAUCAACUAUUUGCAAAAUUCAAAUAAUUGGGAUGAAAUUCAAAAGGAAUUGGAAGCGCGCAAUGUAAAAGCGAUGACCUUCUACGAUAUUUGCUUGGACUUUAUUGUAUUGGACUCGUUUAGAGACUUAGAUGCGCCUCCAGCGAGUGUGACGGCGGUCGUACAAAACAGAUUUCUUUCAAAUGGAUUUAAAGAAAUGGCACUCAGCACAGCAGUAUGGUCGGUUUUAAAAGCAAAAAAACAUGGACUAAAACAUCAGAAUGGCUUUAUGGGCCAUUUCUAUGUUAUCUCUGAGCAAUUAUCACCACUUAUGGCCUGGGGUUUCUUUGGACCCGAUGAAAAUUUGCGCGAUAUAUGUCACUAUUUCCGUGAACAAAUGCUCGGCUUUUUGGUAGAUAUAUUUAGUUUUCAAGCAAGUCGUUUUACAACAGUAGAAGAGUUUGCCGAAGAUAUACUGCAACAUAUGAAGACGCGUGUAAACAAUAUUGGUGUGAAAUUUAGUCAAUAAAUAAUUUAAUAUAAACUAAUAAGAAUAAUAAUUUAGAAAAAGAAAACCAUUAAAGAAUUGUCGUAUGGAUGUAAUGUAUAAAAUGAACAAGAAAAACAAUAUAAUUGUGCGUGUUAUGAAUUUAAAAACUAUUAUACUUAUGCAUAAGAAUAUUUUGGUUUAGUAAUCAACAUGAUAUGACAAUUUGUUAUUAUUUUAAGUAAAAUACGAUUGGAGUAUGAAAAUUAGUUUUUUCUGUUAUUUACUAUGUAUAAAUACAAAAUGAUAAAUUUAUUCAGUGACUAAUGUACCAUUAAUUCCAUAAUGUUGUUGUCAACAGCUUUAAAUACUAUUCCAAAUGUUACGAGAGUGUAAAAACUUGAUGAAGUUACCUAAAUUGUUUAAAAUCACACUAGACAAAGAAUUUCUGUCAUAAUUUUAAUCACUUUUUCAAAAGCAAAUAUAUGUACAUACAUAAAUAAGCAAUAUAAUCAUAGUAGAUUAUAUGUACAAACUAACAAUAUGUUAGUUAUAAGAAGAAAUUUUUGGUUUAAUGAUAUUUAAUUUUUGAAUUAUUUCACUACUAGAAAGCAUUUGUUAUUGAUGGCAAAUUUAAACAUACACACCUACAAUAUAAGAAAAUGAAACUCUUUUUUUUUUUUUAUUAGCUAGCUUGAUUAAUUCAAUUGUUUUCAGUUUAGUACAAAAAUAUAUAUAAAUUGUUACAAAAAAGAAAAGUUAAGCAUAAAUAACCCAUGGCUAUAUUCUGUUAAUAUAUGUAUCGGUUAGCGAAGACGUUGAUUUUUAACUUUAAUAUUGCAUAUUAUGGUUGAAAAAGAAUGUAUACUUGGUUGGAGUAGCAACACACUUUGUUGAUCCCACAGCACACUAGUUAUACAUGAUUACAAUUUUUUCUCGAUAAAAGAUCUUUUUAAAUUACUGUUGCUAAGUAACAAAAGCAUUUAAACUCUUUAUGAUUACUCUCAACAUUCAGUGUCAGGUUUUCUCUAUUUUAUAUACAAUAAAAUUACAAAUAUUAUAAAUUA